AUGUAUCUUAAUGCUAAACAUUUUUUCUUCUUCGCUGUCCUCUUCCCUCUCUUCCCUCUCUUUACCUACUUCCUCAGCUCCGCGCUGCCUACACUGACUGUGCUUUCCACAAGGGAGCCCAGCCCAACAAACGUCCAGUGGAUAUGCCUGAAAUUUGAGAACUGCAGCGCCAUACGGGAGACAGUUAUCCGGCAGGCCUUUACCAAAGCUAUCUCGAUGGCGAAUGUAUCACAACACAUCGAUUUCGACUCAGACCCAGCCGCGAUAGACUUCUUCGGCCCUAGCUCGCUAAACCACGAGUAUCAAGACCAAAUUAGAUCUAUCUUUGCCCAUAUUGCGACUUUCCGGAUAGGCUGCAACCCGGGAGUGCGAGCAGAUAUUGAAUGUGUCGACUGUUCCAGCAAUCGCAGCGAAACAAUCGCCUAUGUUAAGAACAUUCAGCAUCCCGGGCCGUAUCCCGACGGAAACCGUUUAUCAAAGACAUCUCCGAUAUUCAAGUUCUGCGAGCGGUUUUUCCGCGAUUACAUGAGUCCUGAGGCCAGGCUGGAGGAGGUACUUGGUAUAGAUGACUGGAAACCUGACCUCCGCAGCUAUACGAAUCAAGCCAGCCUUGUUCUACACGAGAUUAUGCAUGCGAACGCCCUCGUUUCUGCGCAAAAUGGAAACCGCCAUAUUUCUGAUAUUGAAAUCAAGGUAUAUAACGGUUCUGGGAAUGAGGAGUAUUCGGGAGUGUAUGGAGCAGCACUGUGCAAAACCCUUGCGCGAACUGCUCCCGAACGUCCGAAUGCUAAGACGGCUCUUGUUAGGGACGGUAUUACCUCAAAUGCGGACAACUAUGCACAAUUCGCGCUCGCAAAGUGGGUACAGACGAAGCUCAAUGGCCGAUAUCCGCACCUGCCAACUGACUCCACGGUGGCCGUUGAUGGUUCCUGGCGCAUUAUAUCCCACAGUCUCAAGACGAAAACCCCGCCACUCCAUGGAUCUGCUGCUAGUGACAAUAUUGACAAACAACAUGAUGGGAGCUGCGCUGACAAGGAGCUUAUUUCUUUUACUGUCCCUGACUAUCUGCCCAAAUGUCUGAACACAAUCGCUGUUGCAGAGUACGCGGCCGACGCCGCUCAGUGGGAAGCAAAUACUACGCGCGAGGAUUUUUAA